AUGAGACAGUCCGUAGGCACUUUCACUUUUCACCCCAUGGCUGAUUCCCGAUUUACUGUAGCUUCGCAACAACUCGUACACCAUCAAGGGGCGCUGACGCAAUCGCUCGACAAGCUUGCAACCGCGUUGAACGACAACGCAUCCGCGGCAACAUCGGCGCUUCAAGCGCAGAUUUACGCCCUCCAGAGCAGCAUCGACGCUCUAAACGCACGCAUUGCAAACCUCGACCUGAUCUUAUACCUUAGAAUCACGCGACCCGGCGGCGUUACUCCCCAGGUGACACCCGUCACACUCCAGUCGCGCAUCUCGUCGCUUACAGGCAGCCUCCCCGCCAUCAACAAGCGCGCCACAUCGCUCACCACGGACCUGGCGGGCAUCCUCCCCAACCUCCGCGCAUUGCUGAGUCAGCGAGUGGCGGCGCUCACUCAGAAAGUGGGUGCGCUGAAUGUGGACGUGUCGGCAGCGCAGGUGGAUGCGUUGAUCGCCCCGCUGAGUGACGCCCUUGGCGUGGCGGACCUCGUGGCUCUGCUGCCGCGCCCAGCAGGUCAGUCCCGCCAUGUAACCACCAGGCCAGUCUUGCAAACUCUGGCAGCCGCCGGCGGCAGGGGCUCGGCUUACGCGGUGGCGUACGAGCUGGUGGCGACGGGCAUGGCGGAGGCACCGCAGGCGGCGGCCAUCUACAGCGGCAACAGCACGUGCGGGCAGGCAGCCCCACCCGUGGCGCUGCAGCUGCCCGGCACGUGGCAGCUGCUGAGCUCCGUGUCGUGGUCGCUGGCCAAUGUGCUCACUGUCGCGCCGGCGGACCUGGCGGACGUGCUCAGCGCCAUCCAGACGGGCACCAACGGGCAGCUCUACAUUGGCUUCACGGGCACCGGCAGCAGCUUGUCGGGCAAGCUGCUUGGUGGCAGGCUUUGA